AUGAAGAAGGAGGAAAAGUAUAGGAAAUGGGUGGAGGAUCACGAGGAUGUUUUACUGUCUGGAAAGAAGAGGAUCAAACUUCCAAUGCAUCCACUGGUGUAUGAAGCUGUUUGGAUGUGGUUUAAGCAGCAUCGGAUUGCAGGAUUUCCUAUAACUGGCCCAAUACUCCAGAUCCAGGCACUAAAUUUUUGGAAAUUGUUUGGGGCUACUGCAGAAUUCAAGGCGAGUCCAGGGUGGUUGGAAAAGUGGAAAGUUCGACAUGGUAUAAAGCGUGUGAUACUUAGUGGGGAAAAAGUGUCUGCUGAUGAAGCUGGUGCAGCAGUAUACAAGGAGAAGUUUGCCAAAAUCGUGCCUAGAACAUCAUUAAAUUCUGCCAGUGUCACUGCUGCAGCAGGAUUCAAAGUCCAAAAGGAGAGACUCACUGUGAUGGCCUGCUGCAAUGCCUCUGGUACAUUUAAACUACCUCUGGUGGUAAUUGGCAAAUAUGCCAAGUUUCGUGCUCUCAAGAACUUGAGCACACUUCCAGUAAUCUACAAGAACCAGAAAAGCGCCUGGAUGAGUGCCUUUUUGUUUGAGGACUGGUUCAAGACUCAAUUUGUGCCUGAAGUGGAGAAGUUCUUGGCAUCCAAGGGGUUACCACCAAAAGCAAUCCUGUUCGUGGAUAACUGUUCAGCACAUCCUCCUAAAGUAGCUGUCAAUGAGAUCAGAGUGGAAUUUCUACCACCUAACACGACUCCAUUGAUUCAGCCCAUGGACCAGGGGUGCCUCCAAAAUAUUAAAAGUUUGUAUAAGAUCAGACUGAAGGCAUUUUAUCAUGGAGCAAUUUAA